CCGAGGUCUUGCCAGUGCGCGCGCGCCAGCCGCCUCCCCUCCGCCCCUCGCUGCCGGCCUCGGGCAUCCACGGCCGGUGGUCCAGCCGCCCGCCACGGCCCUGAACAUGGCCGCAAGCCCCGCUGCCCCCCUGGCCUGGGCGCUGCUACUCCUCUCGUGGGCUCUGCUCCGCGGCGGCUGCCGGGCACGCUUCGCUGCCGAGCCGGACUCCGAAGACGACGAAGGGGAGGCGGUAGUAUUCCCCGAGUCGCCCCUGCAGAGACCCACGGUGAUGGUGGCCGUCCUCGCGCGUAACGCUGCGCACACGCUGCCUCACUUCCUCGGCUGCCUGGAGCGGCUGGACUACCCCAAGAGCAGGAUGGCCAUCUGGGCAGCCACUGAUCACAAUGUGGAUAAUACAACAGAAAUACUCAGGGAGUGGUUGAAAAAUGUCCAGAGAGCCUAUCACUAUGUGGAGUGGAGGCCUAUGGAUGAACCUGAGUCUUAUCCUGAUGAAAUUGGACCAAAGCACUGGCCUGGCUCCCGUUUUGCCCAUGUGAUGAAACUACGACAGGCAGCCCUUCAAACUGCGAGGGAAAAAUGGUCAGACUACAUUCUGUUCAUAGACGUUGACAACUUCCUGACUAAUCCACAGACCCUCAGUCUACUGAUUGCAGAAAACAAAACCGUUGUGGCCCCCAUGCUGGAGUCUCGGGGCCUGUACUCUAAUUUCUGGUGCGGAAUCACACCUCAGGGCUUCUAUAAACGGACCCCAGACUAUCUUCAGAUUAGAGAAUGGAAGAGGUUGGGCUGCUUUCCGGUCCCCAUGGUCCACUCCACAUUCCUAAUUGACCUCAGGAAGGAAGCCUCUGACAAGCUGAUGUUCUACCCACCGCACCAGGACUACACCUGGACCUUUGAUGACAUCAUCGUCUUUGCCUUCUCCAGCAGGCAAGCAGGCAUCCAGAUGCACCUCUGCAACAGAGAGCACUACGGCUACCUGCCCAUCCCCCUGAAGCCCCAUCAGACCCUACAGGAGGACAUUGAGAACCUCAUCCAUGUGCAGAUAGAAGCAAUGAUUGACCAUCCUCCAAUGGAACCUUCCCAGUUCGUCUCAGUUGUCCCUAAAUAUCCAGACAAGAUGGGAUUCAAUGAGAUUUUCAUGAUAAACCUCAAGCGCAGAAAGGACAGGCGGGACCGGAUGUUACGUACCCUGUACGAGCAGGAGAUUGAGGUCAAGAUUGUCGAGGCUGUGGAUGGAAAGGCACUCAACACAAGCCAGCUGAAGGCCCUGAAUAUUGAAAUGCUGCCUGGAUAUCGAGAUCCCUACUCCUCCAGGCCUCUAACUAGGGGUGAAAUUGGCUGCUUCCUUAGCCACUACUCUGUCUGGAAAGAGGUAAUUAACCGAGAGCUGGAGAAGACUCUUGUUAUUGAGGAUGAUGUGCGUUUUGAACAUCAGUUUAAGAAGAAGCUCAUGAAGCUGAUGGAUGAUAUUGAUCGAGUCCAGCUGGAUUGGGAACUGAUUUAUAUUGGCAGGAAGAGGAUGCAACUAAAAGAGCCAGAGAAAGCUGUGCCCAAUGUGGUAAAUCUGGUCGAAGCUGACUAUUCUUACUGGACUCUGGGCUAUGUCAUCUCUCUGGAAGGAGCACAGAAGCUUGUUGGAGCCAAUCCUUUUGGGAAGAUGUUACCAGUGGAUGAGUUUCUGCCAAUCAUGUACAACAAGCAUCCUGUUGCUGAGUACAUGGAGCAUUACGAAUCCAGGGACUUGAAAGCCUUCUCUGCAGAACCCUUGCUCAUCUACCCAACACACUACACAGGCCAGCCAGGGUAUCUGAGUGACACGGAGACCUCAACCAUCUGGGACAAUGAGACAGUGGCCACUGACUGGGACAGGACACAUGCCUGGAAGUCCAGGAAGCAAGGUCACAUCUACCGCAAUGAGAAGAACACAGAGGCCCUGCCACCGCCAACCUCCCUGGACACUGUGCCUUCGAGAGAUGAGCUAUGAGGGUUCCAUGGGGGGUUUACUGCCCUUUGGUUUUCCUAAUGGGGUAUUGAUAUGUUUGUUCCAGUUUCUUUUCAUGGUCACGAUCAUCUAACCAAAGUGAUCUAAUGUGAUUGAUCAAAAUUAGGAUGUUUUUGACAAGGGAAGAGAAUAGGGAAACUAAACCCAAAUUUCCUAGAUGGCUAGAAAAUAGGCUUUAUGGCAACCAUUAAGGUGAACUUCAAUCCAGACACCUUGUCCCUCAGUUCAUUACCCAUAUGAUACUGGUUCCCACAUUGAGGUUGAACAGCAUGGCUCAGAGAUUCGUCCAAGGGAAA